CGUUGUUUACCACACCGUUCGAGAACCGUUGCGCGAAAGUGUAGCUCUCGAGACCGCGUCGUGUAAAUGCCCCACAGCGAAGUGCGGUAGACGCAUUUUGGUACCUCACCCUCAAGUUCCGCAAUACAGUAAAUCUGGCGACGGAAAUCAGAUACAGACUUGGAAUGCGACACAUCCUCAAAAAAUUCAUAAUACACACGUCCUCCGACCACUUCUCCGAGGAAGGCAGCCACAUUUAGCUGCAAUUCUUUGUUUUCGUUUGAGUGCGUCCGGUAAAAGUGUGCUUGGAUUGUUUCUUUGAAUCGACUAGUGUAGAUCCGAAUUCAUUCAGGAAGUGUUCUUUUUCUACAGUCGUACAACAGCCGAACCGCAAAAUGGCUUCGAUUAAGCGCCAGGCCAAACACGACGAAUGCAAAGGAGCUCAGGCCCCCAAGAGGGCUCCCUUGCGCCAGUUCGCCCCCUUGCUGGUCGCCAUGGUGGGGCUGCCGGGCCGAGGCAAGAGUCUCAUGGCCAAGCGCCUGACCAGGUACCUCAACUACACCGGGGACGUCUGCAAAGUGUAUGACAUUAGCGACUACCGCCGCAAGCACAUCAAGAAGUAUGCGUCCCACGAAAUGUUCCGCGCUGACAACUUGCCAGCUUGGCGCAUCCGCCAGCAAAGUUUCCGCGAGGCGUUGGAGGAGGCGGCUUCGUGGCUCCAGGAGCCCAACCACCACGUGGCCAUUCUGGACGGGCCUAACGUGUCGCGGGCGCAGCGCGAGGAGAUCUACGACCUGGUGUACGGCCAGCUGGGCUUCCGGGUCAUGUUCAUCGAGUGCGUCUGCGAGGACCCGGUGCUGCUGGAGCGCAACUUCAAGGAGAUUCUGCAGUACAGCGCCGACUACAGGGACAUGGCGACCGAGGAGGCGCUGAAGGACCUCACUCUGAAGAUGGCGCACUACAAGGCGCAGUACGAGUCGCCGUCGUUGGGCAGUCACUGGGAGUUGCCGUGUCCCAUGGUGAAGGUGCUCGAUAGCGGUGAAAGCGGGGUGGUGGCCCAUGGGGUCUCGGGGACAAGGGAGAGCAAGAUCUUGGGGUACAUCUCGGCGGCCAAGCCCGUACAACAGACGCUGUACUUUAGUCGGCAUGGGGAAAGCGAAUUCAACGUCGUGGGCAGAAUCGGCGGCGACGCCCCCCUCUCACCCAGAGGCCGCAUGUACGCCCAAUCCUUAGCUAAGCACAUCCACGCUUUAAACCUCCCUUCUUUGCAAAUCUGGACUUCCACUCUCCAGAGAACCAAAGCCACCAGCGCCCAUAUCAACGCGCCUAAGCAGCACCUGCCCGAACUGGACGAAAUCUUCUCGGGCGCCUGCGAGAACCUCACCUACGAGGAGCUAUCCGAGCGCUUCCCCCGCGAGCUGGCCAUGCGCGACCACGAGAAGCUCACCUACCGCUACCCCCAGGGCGAGUCCUACCUGGACGUGAUGCGGCGCGUCGUGCCCGUGCUCGAGCAGCUCGAGUGCGAGACCAACGUGCUCACCAUCUCGCACCAGGCCGUGCUGCGCUGCGUGCUGGCCUACUUCCUGGAGACCCCGCCCGAGGAGGUGCCCUACCUGCACGUGCCGCUGCACACCAUCAUCAAGGUGACUCUGCAGGGGUACAACUACAACAUGGAGACCGUGAAGAUGCCGGUGGACUGCGUGGACACCAACCGCGCCAAGCCGCUCAACUGCUCCGAGGGCCGGAGUCGCGAGGAGGCGUUACUGACGCUGCCCGCGCACUACGAGUCCGUGGCCAGCUUGAGCGGCACGGUGGCGUACUGUACUUAGCUUAGUAGGGCGACAUUGUUGUAAAUGUUGUAGUCUUGAAUGUAGGCUAGUUUUGUUACUUUGGCUUUGCGCGUUGUGUCACUGUAGCUGAAGAACAUUUGCUGGACGAAUCUACCUUCCAUAGCAAUAAGCGUCGGAUAGUAUUUAACUGUGAUUUAUAGUGCAUUUUUUAUGUUCUGUAUGUGUUAACCGUAGGUUAAGAGUUUUAUUACAAACGUGUAUAUAUGGUUUCAAAAUAGAAACUCAAACUCA